CAGCCCAUGAGCAGUGAGCACUGGGUGUCCAGGUGCCCCCAGUACUUGGCAAGUGAGCAUUCUACAUCCUCCUGCUUCCAGUGGCGAUGAGGAGUUCACUCCCUGCGGCCUGAUGCGGUACCCUCCACUUUCUCCAGGACAUCAACUGACAAGCCCUUAACACCCAAAGGAAUGCCCUUAUUACUCAGUGAUGCUCUAACACCUCCCUUCCAUCUUGUAAGAACCAGGAGCACCAAGAAGCCCGCAGCACUACCAUUUCUUCCUAGACAGGAAGUUUCGCCUGUGCCCCUGGAGCCCAGCAGCACAGCCUCUGGCUCAGUGUAUCUCAUGAUGCUGGGACCUCUAUCUAGAGGAGACCCUGAAGCAGCCGCCACCAUGCUCCUGACCCCCUUGUCCUUCCCACUUGCUUCCACAGGGCCAAGGCCUGGAGUCCCUGACCAGCACCCACCCGGGUUAGAGGCUACUUUUGGGGUGCUGCAACAGCGAGUUCACAGGUUGCAGAGACACCAAGGGCAGCACCAGGCACAGCUGUGAGCUUUGGAACAGCUGGCGCAGCAGCUGGGAGAGCCUGCUGGCCUGUGCACACAAGCAUCCAUUGUGCUGUCUGAGAGCCUCUGGGCCUGGCACCCAGGACACUGGCUCCACCUGCAGGGCCUCUGCUUUAAACCAGGGUCCAGUGUUUAA